UUUCUAGCGAUUUGUCAAACAUCUGUGAUCCAUUUUUAUCUGACAAAACGAAAGGACAAUUUCUAGUUAUGGUCUGUAGAACAACAUCAUUAAGAGCUUUUCUUGUUUUAUUUUGUAAACCCAGAAAACGAAAUGCUCUCUAUUCUUUUUAAUUUACCUCCAUAUGCGUCCAUGUCUCCUUUCAUCAUAGAUCAACGUCGAUAAUGAUAAAAUAAACUUCACCUCUUUCUCAAUUUCUCUGCUCAUUGAAUUUGCUAAAAAGACGUUCUUAAAAGAAUCAAUUUUGAUCAAUUUCACUCAGUGAACGGACCCGGUGUAUUGUUAUGGCUGGAUUUAACAAAGAUUUCUCUCUCGCUCUCUGAGCUGUCGCAUCAAACACUAUGUAAGAAAGAAUAGUUCUUGCGUGCAUCACCAAUAGUAUUGAGCUUCUUCGAUUCAUUCAUAUCAACUCUUCGUUGACCUUUUUUUCCAACACAUCGUUCAUCUGCAGCUCUGUAGAAAAGUCAGAAACAGGAUAUAUUGGUCGAUGAUGGUGGUGGGUGGUGAUGGAUUAGGAAUAUAUGUUGUGGAGAGCAAAGGAGGAGCAAUAGCAUGUAUGACGCUUUCUCUGCUCUGCUUAGGCACUUGGCCUGCUCUAUUGGCUCUUCUUGAACGGCGUGGUCGUCUCCCACAACACACUUAUCUCGACUACUCCAUCACAAACUUCUUGUCUGCAAUCUUCAUAGCCUUUGUGUUUGGUGGGGUCAGUGGAAGUACACCAGAGGCACCAAGCUUCACCACCCAGCUCACUCAAAUUCAGGAUAAUUGGCCCUCGGUGUUGUUUGCAAUGGCGGGUGGAGUGGGUUUAAGUAUUGGGAACCUUGCUACUCAGUAUGCUUUAGCUUUUGUUGGUCUGUCUGUAACGGAAGUGACGGCAGCGAGCAUCACCGUUGUUAUAGGCACGACUGUUAAUUACUUUCUGGACAACAGGUUGAACAGAGCAGAUAUUCUUUUCUCUGGUGUUGUCUGCUUCUUGGUAGCUGUUUGUCUUGGUUCUGCGGUUCACUCUUCUAAUUCUGCUGAUGUAGAAGCCAAACUCGGCAAAACCGUGAACAAUGAAGAGCGUCAGAGACUGUUUGGAGAAGAAGAAAAAGAAGAGAUGGAGAAUGUUAAGGAAGGGACUGCAGCUUUUCUUUUAGCAGUGGAAAACACGAGAGCAAUCAAAGUGUUUGGGAAGAGCAUGGUUGUUGGUCUAGGGAUAACCUUCUUCGCAGGGCUUAGCUUCUCAUUGUUCUCACCACUAUUCAACCUUGCAACGAACGAUCAAUGGCACACACUGAAACAAGGCGUUCCCAAGCUGAUUGUCUACACUGCAUUCUUCUACUUCUCACUAUCUUGCUUCGUAAUCGCCAUUGCUCUUAACGUUAGUUUCCUAUACAAACCUGUACUUGACUCACCAGGAUCUUCCUUUAGGGAUUACCUAAAUGACUGGGACGGAAGAGGUUGGGCUCUUGUGGCUGGUUUGCUUUGUGGGUUCGGUAACGGUCUUCAGUUCAUGGGUGGACAAGCUGCAGGUUAUGCAGCCUCAGAUGCUGUUCAGGCACUUCCUUUGGUGUCGACAUUUUGGGGGAUAUAUCUGUUUGGGGAGUAUAGGAGAUCGUCUCCACGAACAUAUGCUUUGCUCGUUGGAAUGCUGGUCAUGUUCGCUGUUGCUGUGGGGCUUCUAAUGGCUUCGGCUGGGGAAAGAGAGACCCGGUUUACCUCAAGAGCUAAAUUGGUAUGACAAAAAAUAUGUUGUGGCUCUUUGAAAUGGUGUACAUUGUGGUUACUUCAGUUGGAAAAGAAUGUCCCAAUGUAUAUGAUCAAAAACUUUGUUUAAUUACUAAGCUAUUUCAGCUUCUGUAUUUAUAACUUCUUUAAUUUACUAUAUAGAAAACAAAAUAUUACCUCUACAAACAAGCAAUCAUCCUUCUGUUA